UUUCUUUUUCCCUUAUAACUACUUUCACUUUUCUUAUAAAAGAAUAUGUCAGUAGUUUCUGCUCAAAGUAAGAGAUCCACUCGACCACCUUCUGCGCCGGGACAAGAUGACUUGUUAUCUGUUUCAAGUCGACAAAGACAAUCCAAGAAAGAUGAAGCUAUCCGAAAAAAAAUUGAAAACGAAUUGAGUAAAAAACGUUCUACGUCUACGAAACUUAAACAACAAGGAGGUCCUAGUAAUAGAAAGAUAGCAGGCACUGUAUCUGCCCUGAGGCCAGCUCAAGCCUUGACCAUACGUGAACAUAUCUUGGUGAUUGAAGCUGCUCAAUUAAUGGCUGCCAAACGCAGUGAUUGUGUUCUUGUAGUAGAUGAUGAAGAUCACCUUAGUGGAAUUUUUACGGCCAAGGACUUGGCCUAUCGUGUAGUAGCUGAGAACCAAGAUGCUCGAGCUAUCACUGUCUCUGAUAUUAUGACCCAUAAACCUCUUUGUGUGACCGCAGACACAAGUGCUCAGGACGCUUUAAAUUUGAUGGUGUCUCGUGGUUUCCGUCAUUUGCCUGUUUGUAAUGAAGAAGGUGAUAUUUUUGGAUUAUUGGAUAUCACUAAAUGUCUAUAUGAAGCUUUGAACAAGAUGGAAAGAGCGUAUGGUUCUUCUAGAAAAUUAUAUGAUGCCUUGGAAGGAGUAGAAAGAGAAUGGGUGAAUAGUCCAGUUCAAUUUGUUGCGUAUAUGGAAGCAUUACGUGAUAAAAUGUCUUGCCCUGACUUGUCUAGUGUAUUAGAUGAUCCUCAUCAACAGGAUGCUGCCGUACAAGUCCCUGUGAAAGCUCAAGUUCGUGAUGUAGCCAAACUAAUGAAGGAUUAUCAUACUACAGCUGUUCUCGUUAUGGAUCAUGGUGGAUUGGCUGGUAUUUUUACAACCAAAGACAUUGUAUUACGAGUCAUUGCUGCUGGUCUACAACCUGAUAAUUGCUCUGUAGUAAGAGUAAUGACACCUCAUCCACGAUGUUGCUUACCAACAACCACCAUACUUGAAGCCUUAAAGAUCAUGCACGAUGGCCACUUUUUGAAUUUACCAGUGGUUGAUGAAGACAAACAUAUCAUUGGCUUGGUGGAUGUACUCCGACUGACAUAUGCUACCUUAGAACAGAUUAAUAGUAUCGAAGGGAAUGAUACCGAAGGUGGUGCAAGUAAAUUUUGGAAUAAUAUUGCCGCAGCUGGGGAUCAUACAACCGUCAAUGAAUCAGACUCUGUCAUCUCAGAUUCGCUUUCGCAAGCAGCAAACUCACAUAUGUUUCGAUCCCCAUCAGCUACACCACAACCCGACAUGCAACAUCAUUCAUCCUCGUCACCAUAUGCAGGUCAUCGAGAUCCUACUGAUGAUAUUGAUAUGCUAGUUCAACCUGGGGACAGUGCAUCUAUGCUAAACGGUAAUAGAGAUGAUGCAGGAUCGGUUGUUUCGUCUACUGUGUCUGCAGCUAUAGGUACCUUCUCAUUCAAAUUCAAUUAUGGUUCAAAAACCUAUCGCUUCCGUAGCAACGAUCAUUCCUUUGGUGACCUGAAAGCAAUAGUAAGGCAAAAGAUCAUGGUGGAUCAUCUAUCUUUAUCGCAAUCCUAUGUGAAUAUCCAGAAAUCAACAAAAGAUAUCCAUGUUGAUGGGGAUGAUAAUAAUAAUGACCAACAAGAGAUUGACCAAGAGGACGAUUCCUGGCUGACUAUUUCAUAUGUGGAUGAUGAAAAUGAUCAAGUGCUUAUGACAACAGACGCUGAUGUACAAGAGGCUGUUCAAUUGACCAAGAAAAUGGGACGUGAUCGUGUGAGAUUGUUUGUUCAUGAUACUCUGAUGGACAGUGUACCUGAACCUCCUUCUGCUCAACCCACUGUACAACAAUCAGUAUCGCCCCCAUCGUCUCCACCAGCCAUAGAAAUAGCAUCUCCAUCGGAUUCAAUGGAUAAAGAUACAGAUACCGCUCAUACUUCUUCCAAUCAAGGUGUCCCCAACAAACGGAAACAAAAGAAAGGAAAAUCAUCAAUACGUAAAACUACGGAUGAUGAAACAGAUGAUGAUACUGAUACGGAAUCAACAAAAAGAGACUAUGCAAAGGAAUUCAAUCUGCCAAUUCCUCAGGAUUUGUUACUCCCUGCUGCUGUCACCUUCUUGGGUGUCGUUAUAUUGGGUGUAUUUGCCAUUUCUAGAUUGACUGGAAACUCCUCUAAUUCAAGAUAUUAAAACUAAUCAAACUAAUUUUAUGAAUAAACGCUCUAGUUCUCCACUGGAACUUCUUUUUUUUUUUUUU